AUGGGCUCAUCAGAUCGGUUGUUUAACAGGCAGAGAACUAUUCAUCAGAUCCUUGGAGGGGGCCUUGAUGUGAUGCUAUGGAGGCAAAGGAAUUUAACAGUGGGAAUAUUGGUGGUAGCUUUGGCUGCUUGGGUGGUUUUUGAGAGAUCUGGCGUAAAUGUGCAGUCCCAUUUUCUGAACAAGCCACCAUGUUUGCUGAGGCGGACAAUAAUGCAUGGACAACCAGAAAUAUUGUCAGACAAUGAAGACGAGGAUUUAAAAGCUGCAAUAGCUGCCAGCUUGAUCAACUCAUCGCAGGAAAUCAAAACAGAGGCAAGUAUCACAGAAAAUGAAAAUAAAAACAGCAACGAAGAAAAGGCAUGA